CAAAAUCUUUUCGUGAGGAUAGCCUAUAAAUAUAUAGAGGUGGUUGAUUUCAAAAUACAGGUGCAUAAGAUUAAACAUGGCGUCAGAGAUUUCAGAAGUAAAGAGAAGCAGUAACACGGUGGAACGUGAUGGAGACCUCGGGACCUGUGGCUAUAUCCUCUGGGGUCUUUCAGCAGUCAUUCUGGUCAUCACUUUCCCGUUCUCCCUGUGUUAUGCUAUUAGGGUGGUUCAGGAAUAUGAGAGGGCUAUCCUUUUUCGAUUAGGGAGAGUUGUUCCGGGGGGACCCAAAGGACCAGGUUUAUUUUUUAUUUGGCCAUUUAUUGAUACCAUGCAGAAGGUUGAUUUAAGAACAGUCUCAUUUGAUGUUCCGCCGCAAGAGAUUCUGACCAAGGACUCGGUGACAGUGGCUGUUGAUGCUGUUGUGUACUUCCGGAUUUUCGACCCUGAAAUGUCGGUCUGUAACGUCAAUGACGCUCAAAGAUCCACUCAGCUGUUAGCUGCCACUACCCUGAGGAACGUCCUGGGUACCAAGGCUAUGACAGAAUUAUUGUCUGACAGAGAGAGCAUUUCACACGAGAUGCAGCAUAUUUUGGAUGAAUCUACGGAUCCUUGGGGAAUGAAGGUGGAAAGAGUCGAAGUGAAGGACGUGAGGUUACCCGUCCAGUUACAAAGAGCAAUGGCGGCGGAGGCAGAAGCUAUGAGAGAGGCCAGAGCUAAGGUUGUUGCAGCUGAAGGCGAGCAGAAGGCGUCACGUGCCCUGAAGGAGGCUGCAGACGUCAUCACGGAGUCGCCUGCUGCUUUACAACUUCGGUACCUCCAAACUCUCCAGACGGUCUCGGCAGAGAAAAACUCCACCAUUCUAUUUCCAUUACCCAUAGAUAUGAUUUCAUCAUUUAUGAAAAAAUGAACAUACCCAAUACUCACUUAAAAUCUUCCAGCUAGCAAUUAAUCAAAUUAAUCGUGCAAUGUUUCAUGUAACCUAUAAUACUCUAAUUGUGCAAUAUUUCAUGUAAUCUAAAAUACUCAUUUUUUACCCGUUUUUUGAAAACAUUUACUUUCAUUAAAGUAAUUAAACAAAUUAUCAUAUACAUAUU